AUGUAUACGCUUCUUCUGACAGCGCCCGGGAAUUCGCUCGAUCAGCCGAUCACCAAGUUCGUCCCUGAGCUAGUAAAUGCCACCAGCGAGAACCUUGGUGAUGGGCCAACGUGGGAGGACGUCACCAUCAGGUCGUUGGCAGGACAACUUUCCGGCUUGGGAAGAGAUUAUGGAAAUUAUGAUUUCGCGAAUGAAGCCGCCAACCUCACUGCAUUUGGAUUCCCUGCUCUUACUGCAGCCCAAGCGCCAACCUGUGGGCAAGGUUUCACGAACAAAUCUGCAAUCAUAGAAUGCACACGCGAGGACUUCAUUCAAGGCAUUAUUGGCAAACGUGCUGUGACUUCACCAUUCAGCACGCCUAUAUAUUCCAAUUUUGCAUACAUCUUCAUUGGUUACGCCAUCGAGUCUAUCACUGGAAAGAGCUUCUUCGACUCCUUCACAGAUGCCGUUGGGAAGCCUCUGGGGCUCAAAAGAACAUCUCUAUCGAUCCCAAAUGACAAAAAUACCAUCAUUCCGGGUAACCCUGCGACCAACUCGUGGACGGUAGAUGCUGGAGACGAAAAUCCGACUGGAGGAUUCUACAGUAGUCUCUCGGAUGUCACUGCUAUUGCUCAAUCCAUUCUGAACUUAGAUCUAUUGCGACCUGUGGUUACGAGAUCAUGGAUGAAGCCCCUUGCGCACACUGCGAACCUCCGCAAUGCUGUCGGAGCCCCCUGGGAGAUCUACCGCCAGGAGAUCCCUGUGUCAGGAAUAUCUGCUGCCAACAACACCCGUGUGGUCGACCUUUACGCCAAAUCGGGUGACCUCGGGGGCGCUGAGCAUUACUACGGCACGCUCACCACGUUCGACAUGGAUCAUCACUUUGGCUUCAACAUCCUAGCCACUGGUAAAAAGGCCUCAAGUGUGCGAUGGACUCUCGGCUCUAUGCUCUCCGAGGUUUUUGUCAACGCUUUUGAAGCAGCCGCAAGGGACGAGGCAGAUGCAAAGUUCGCAGGGACUUAUGAGUCCACUGGGAAUGGCCCGGCCUCCAACCUCACAUUAACACUCGACGACAGUCGGCCGGGUCUUGGUGUUUCUGAAUGGUAUAACAACGGCAUUAACAUUCUCAACAGUCUGCGCACGUAUCGCAACAUUCCGACCGCGGCGACUCUCUCCCUGCGUCUAUACCCCAUGAUCAAGUUUGGAAAUGAGCUUACUUUCCGAUCGGUGAUUGAGGUUUUCCCCCAAGGCUACAUCACCGGUCCAAUGGCGACAGACUGCAUUACAUGGCCAACGGUGGAUGGAUUGCAGUAUGGAGGUGCGGGCGUUGAUGAGUUCGCAUUUAAGAUAGAAAACGGAGCACCGGCGGCGGUGACCCCCAGAGCGAUGAGGCAGACGUUGACGAAGCAAAGGUAA